AUGUCAACACAGUUUGAAGGAUUCAAAAAGCACUUAGACCCCGAUGAUUUAAGCUUGAUUUCAAUACUUCAAUUUCGUCGCAAUAAAGACGAUUUACAUACAAUAAAAAUCAUGAACAUACGAUGGAAUAUUGGCAAGUAUUUUGCACGUGGUUUAAGCCUGGCAAGCGAUGAGAUAGGUGAUAGGGAAGAAGUUGGACUUCGUUGUCAAAACAACCACCUAAGCGACCCAGCCAUGUUUGGGUUACAACAAACACAAAACGAGGAAGUAGUAAAGUUUUGGUUGGAUGUGGAUAAUGAGAAUGCAGAACUUCGGAUUAAACAAACUCAGCUACAAUUCGUUGUUGAUAGGUCGAUUUCCAAUAAUAAAGCACACGAUCUAAUUGAAGAACAAAAAUUAGGUUUUAUUUCAAAACGAACCUUGGAUCAUGAUUCUGAAAAUGAUGAAAAGCUAAGAUCAAAGCGAGUAAGGGGGCCCGUCAAUAAUGCUGAAGAGACCGUAAUCGAAGAUGAAGAAAAAAUUACACAAGAGGGCAAAUGGACUUUGACACCGGAAAAAUUCCUUUGUCAUUCUUUCUUAAUCGAUCCGGAUGACAAAAACUACAUACAACAAGGCGUCUUCACAUGUGAAGAAUUAAGUGAAAUUAAAAAUUUUGACAAAAAAGCAUUGCUAUUAAUGCCAAAUGAUCUUUUGGGGUAUCUCAAUAGUUUCCGAAAGUCCAAUACUUCUGACCUGCGAGAAUUAAUUUUUCGUUCUGAUCAAGCAUUUGAUCGAUCGAAAGAUUUCGACCUCGAUUGGAUACGAUGUUGUUAUAAUAAUAGCGUGCUUGAAUAUGAAGCGAGACAUCUCGCAAAGGAGCACCUCGAAGCAUGGAUCAUGUUACAUGCGUGGUCGUUUAUUGAUAAAGCUUUCUUUGACAUAGAUGGCAUGGAAAUUGUUAGAGGAGAAUCAAGUAGCUACGCAUCAUCAAAUAGAAAAAAUGCACAACGGGUGCUUGCAUCAACAACUUCAUUGAAAAGAAAAUUAAUGGGUCGGCGUGGUGAUUUAAUAAUCCGAAAAUGGCAUACAGAAUAUGGUUGCAGUGAAGCCGGAAAAAUAUUUGAAGGAAACAAUGAUACUAAAAUCAUUAAAGAAGGGGGUUUGAAGAUGCCCAAAAUGCUUAGAGAUAUGUUCAAUGAUCUUUGCGAAGCUAUGGAAAUGCGGGAGGACAAAAUUAGAAAGCUGGAAACGAUCGGUUUUAUCAUUGCGG